CACUCUUGCCUGCAAAAGUUAGUGCAAGAGAGAGAAAAACAGAGGAAUAAGUCAUGUCUAGCAGAAAUAACAGAGGUUCAGGUUUCACCCAAGAUGAGAUUAAUGGUCUCCUCUUGAAGCUACAAGCAUUGCUACCAGAUCCUACUUCAAGGUGCACAAGGGUACCAACAUCAAAGAUUCUGGAAGAAAUGUGCAGUUACAUCAAGAGGCUGCGUAGAGAGGUGGACGAUCUCAGUGAGAGACUGUCUCAAUCACUGUCUUCCAUGGACAGUGAUGAACUUAAUGCAGACUUUCUUAGAAGUCUUCUACAGCAAUAGUCUCUCUCUCUCUCUGUGGGUUGGUUAGAAGUCAUAAUACCAGAGAAAAAUAUUUGUAUCUUCUUU